UAAGAUUUCGAAAUCUUCCCACGGACCGACAUCGGACAUCAGCUGGGACUCCGAGAGCAAGGCCAAAAAAGGCCAAACCCCGUUUUCGUCACAACCAAAGAGAUAUAAAGAGCAACUCCUUCCCCUCCAUUUUUUGAACAUCAACCACUGCUCUUUUUCUCGGCUUCAAUAAGCUACUCUUCGGUCAUUCAACACAACACUCACUCUCUUCUCUCACUCUCUCCGACACCAUAUCAGAUGGCUCCUCUUACUCGCAUCAUCUCCCUUCUCGCUCUGGCCGUUGCCGCGGUGCCCAGCUUGGCCGCUCCCGCUGCUGGUGGAAACACGAGCGCCGAAAUCGUCGCCCUCGAAACCGCUGCCACGGCCGUCGACCGUAUCAAUAUUCUCGGCGAUGACUCCGACUUUGUCUUCAACUUCCUCGACCCCAACCAGCCUGCCGCCAAAGGUGACGGUGGUAGCAUCGUCCGCGCCAACCGCAAGAACUUCCCCGCUUUGAUCGACAACGGUAUCUCCAUGGCCGUAGGGUUCAUCGGUCCCUGUGGAUUCAAUACGCCUCACAUCCACCCCCGCUCCUCAGAGCUCUCCUACUCCGUCAACGGAACCUUCCUCACCGGUAUAUUUCCCGAGAACGGGGCUCGCUUGGUCAUGAAUAACAUCACUGGUGGAGAGGCCACCAUCAUCCCCGCUGGGUCCAUGCACUUCCAAGCCAACCUCGGCUGUGAGACGGUUCAGUUCGUUUCAGGCUUCCCCAGUGAGGACCCUGGUGCUUUGCAGAUUGCGCAGGGUUUAGCGAUGUUUGAAGAUGAUAUUUUGUUGGCUACGUUCGGGUUGAGUGCUGAAGAUACGUACGCACUCGAAGCUCUUAAAGCUGGUAUUCCGGCGACUGUCGCGCUCGGUCUUCAAGAGUGCCGUGCUAGGUGUGGCCUUAACCCACCCCCGUCCUACUCCAUGUCAUCUAGCAGCAGUGCGCCGCCUAGCGCCGCUUCCACCGGUCACUCCGACUACUAAGGAUCCCAGAACGUCCGACGAUGAUUGCAACUACUAGCUGCCAUCAUGAUUAGCCGCACUUUUUCUUUGUUUUUCUUUUUCUUUUUGUUUGAAGUUUCGUUCAGGUCUGAACGCGGGAGUUUGGGCCGGUGUGGGAAGGACUUUCUUAGUAAUUAGCAAUGUUCACUCCUUGC